AUGGCCAAGGGAGAAUCAUCCACCCAGCAGGCUGAUGGCUCUGCCGUCAAGACCCAGGGCGCUGCCGACAAGGCCGCCAACCCGAUGCGCGAGCUUCGCAUCCAGAAGCUCGUUCUGAACAUCUCCGUCGGCGAGUCUGGUGACAGACUUACCCGUGCCGCCAAGGUGCUGGAACAGCUGUCCGGUCAAACUCCCGUCUACUCCAAGGCCCGCUACACCGUCCGUACUUUCGGUAUCCGUCGUAACGAGAAGAUCGCUGUCCACGUCACCGUCCGUGGCCCCAAGGCCGAGGAGAUUCUCGAGCGUGGCCUCAAGGUCAAGGAGUACGAGCUCCGCAAGCGCAACUUCUCUGAGACCGGCAACUUCGGUUUCGGUAUCUCCGAGCACAUCGAUCUGGGAAUCAAGUACGACCCAGGUAUUGGUAUUUACGGCAUGGAMUUCUACUGCUGCAUGACCCGUCCAGGUGAGCGUGUUGCCAAGCGUCGCCGUGCGAAGGCUCGUGUCGGUGCUUCCCACCGCAUCAACCAGCAGGAGACCAUCAAGUGGUACAAGAACCGAUUCGAGGGCAUCGUUCGGUAA